AUGAGUAACUACGUGGGUGACAUCAUAAUAUGCACCCUGAUACUGCUCUCUAUAAGCUUGGUCUACGGAUCGACCCAAGUGAUAAAAUCAUUAUUGGGAAGCGGAGAAGAAAUUCUCACUUCUUCUUCCUACUAUAAUUGGAUUGUUCGUCUUGCUUUAAAUUUAUUAGGAUAUGCGACAGUAUUAUUGCCGGGCUACUUCAUUCAUAAAUAUGUCCGCCAUAGCAAAUAUCUUCAAAGGGAGGGAAAAAGAUGCGUGCCUAGAUUGGUACACGCAUGUUUUUUGGGUUCUGGCGAAUCAGGACUUUUGGAUUCAACGCAUUAUGUACUACCACCUUCUUACAGUUCUACUCAGCAAAGUUUUAGUCAAGAAUUAUUAUUGCUUUUGUAUUGCUUUUUUGGCCUGCAAAUCAGCUAUCUCACCUGGGGUUAUUUACAGGAGAAAAUUAUGACCCAGGAGUACACGGACAAUGACGGCAACAAAAGUCACUUUCGUGACUCCCAAUUUUUAGUCUUCGUGAAUAGAAUUCUAGCAUUCCUGAUGUCAGGGUUUUAUUUGAUGGCUCAACGACAUCCUAGUCACACGACUCCUUUGUAUAAAUAUGCGUUUUGUUCUUUAUCAAAUGUACUCAGCAGUUGGUGUCAAUACGAAGCUCUCAAAUUCGUCAGCUUUCCAACUCAGGUUUUGGCGAAAGCUUCAAAAAUUAUUCCCGUUAUGAUUAUGGGAAAAUUUAUUUCACGGAAUUCCUACGAGUAUUAUGAGUAUGUUACAGCGGUUAUUAUUUCAAUUGGAAUGACAAUGUUUAUGUUAGGUAGCAGCACUAACUCUAAAAAUGAUGAAGUAACGACGUUUUCUGGAGUCUUACUUCUUGCUGGUUACAUGGUACUUGAUAGUUUUACGAGCAACUGGCAAAAUUCACUUUUCACCGAAUAUGGAAUGACCAGCGUCCAAAUGAUGUGUGCUGUUAAUAUGUUUUCCUGCCUUUUGACUGCAACCUCUCUCGUGCAACAGUCAACUUUCGCUUAUUCCUUAACUUUCAUGGCCAAGCAUCCGAGAUUCGUUAUGGAUUGCCUCUUAAUUUCCAUUUGUUCAGCUAGUGGACAACUCUACAUUUUCUAUACAAUUUCCAAAUUUGGUGCUGUCACGUUUGUGAUAAUUAUGACGAUAAGACAGAGUUUGGCGAUUUUGCUCUCCUGCGUGAUUUAUCAGCACCCAAUCUCGACGCUUGGCGUUUUAGGAAUAAUUUUAGUCUUCUUGUCUGUUUUCCUCCGCAUUUAUUGCAACAACAGACUGCGAUCAAUCAAAAAACGCAAGGCAGAAGUCAACAGUGUAAAAGAUUGAGUCAGUAGAUGAGACUAUUUAAAAUCUCGAAUUAAUUUAUCAUUUUGCUAUGCCACAUUUUUUCGUUUAAUCCUAAUUUAUUUGUACUUUUGGAUACUCAUUAGGCUCUCAAGAUACUCAAGAGAUGUAUAUUUUUAUAGAAAAAAAAUGGAGAUUAAACUCCCAAUUUUAAAUUUAUUAUGAUUACAAAUAUUUAAAUGCAUUUAUUAAUGCAUAAAGACAUUUAUGUUAUUUAAUUGAGC